GUGACCGCGGAGUCUCGGGUGCAACCGGAGAGAAGGUACCACUCAGCUGAGUAGAUGGAGAGAUCAAAAAAACAAAUGAUGAUGUCUGCUUGUGUUGCUUUCAGGGCGACCCUGGUUUGUGGGGUGAUGUGGGCCAGAUGGGUGAGCAGGGGCCCAGAGGAGAUCCAGGCUGCCGAGGAACAAUGGGGUUGAAGGGACCUCGUGGACCUCCCGGCACGCGUGGCCAUGCUGGUCCAGUGGGAGUGCCAGGUCUCACCGGAGAGCCUGGUUUACCUGGACAAGUUUUCAUUCUACAAGGUCCGGUGGGAGACACGGGCGGCCCAGGUCCAUCUGGGGUGUGUAACUGUUCGCGGGUUCAAACUCCAGUGAGUCAGAGGAACGAGAUCCACACUAUUUACGUGGCAGACGGAAACAGGCAGAUGAGGAGACUGCGAGGAGAAAAUGUGAUGGUGCUGCGGACCGACAAGCAGAAACUGUACAUCUACUCUGACUCCCAUUGGAUCGACGUGCUGCUGCCGGCCGCUGCAAGCAGACUACUCAACACAGACACCUGAAGAUGUCAAAGGGUGGCACCUCAGAAAGAAGAGCCUUCAUUUUGCUGCUUCCUUGAAAGAGAUUUGAAGAAAAAUC